AUGAUAGAUUUGGUUCGCAAUCUGUCGGCUUUCCUGAAGCUCGAAAAUGCUUGCACAGACAAUAAUGUGUUUCGCUUGCAUUACAAGUUAACGUCGUUAAUGUUAAUAGCAUUUUCACUGCUUGUGACAUCGAAACAAUAUUUCGGUGAACCAGUUGACUGUAUACCUGGAGCUCCGGACAUUAACCGCGAGACUUUAAACACUUUUUGUUGGAUCCAUGCGACUUUCACGGUGGAGCGCCAUUUCAAAGGCUCUGCGGGAGUGGACAUUGUGAAACCAGGUGUUGCAACACACCAAGAGGGUAAGGACAAGCUGACAUCUCAGCAUUAUUACCAGUGGGUGUGCUUUGUUCUGUUUCUUGAAGCUCUGUUCUUUGCCACACCUGGUUACCUCUGGAAAGCAUGGGAAGGAGGUUGUAUUCAUAUGCUUGCUGUUGAUUUAGGAUCUCCAGUACUGGGAAAUGAAUGGAAUCCAGAACGAAAGAACACUAUUGUGGAGUACCUUGCUGACACAAAACUGCGCCCUUUUACAGUCUAUGUCUUAAGAUUUACUUUCUGUGAGAUUCUAAACUUCAUCAAUGUGGUAUUGCAGAUCAUCUUGCUGGAUAGGUUUCUUGGAGGAGAAUUUGCAUUUCUUGGGCCAAAUUUUAUCAAAUAUGCAUCAUCAACAGAUUUUGGUCUAAAAAAUCAAACAAUGCCAUCUCCUCUGGAUCACAUGUUUCCCAAAGUAGCCAAAUGCAGGAUGUACUAUUUUGGUACAUCUGGGGGAAUGUCCAAGAUGGAUUCCCUGUGUAUUCUACCUCUGAACAAUAUCAACGAUAAGGUAUUCCUAUUCUUAUGGUUCUGGUUUGUGGCUUUGGCUGUGGUGUCUGCAGUGGCACUAGUUUACCGUGCAAUCAUCUUGCUGAGUGUUAAUACCCGAGUCUAUUUACUGUGGGCAAAAGCUCGCCUGCUUCCAAGGAAUGUUGCUGAACACCUGGGACAUUCUCUGCCUGUUGGAAACUGGUUUUUGCUCACUCAGCUUAGCAAGAAUGUCAACCCUUUUGUUUUUGUAGAACUGCUGAUAGAACUGGAUAGAUAUUUGACUAAGAAGACAUCCAUCUCAGCGAAAAAAAGUAACACUGGUCUUUGCUUGCAUUUGCCACACUCGCUCAUGGUUGAAGUUCUCAUAGCUCAGGUUACAUUGGAGCAUAUAACACCAUAUGUAGCAUGCCCCCUGCUGGACUCUCAGUGA